UCCGCCGCCGCCCGCCAACUUGGCUGCCGAGCUCGAGUACCCCGAUCCGAGCGGCAAAGUCGACUACGCCGCGCGCGAACCCGUCGAAGGUCUCGCCUCGGCGGAGGCUGUGACGGAGAAAAUCGUGCCUGCGGAGACGCUCGCCGCGCUCAAGGCACGCAUCGAAGCUCUUCGCGCGAUGUGCUUGGAUCCGCGCGGGAUCUCCAUCGGUGACGCCGUCAACCUCGCCAUUCUUGAAGAAAUGUUGCGCGACCCGACGUGCGUGGCGCACGCUGAAGAUCUCCAAGCGGGUUCUUCUUACAACAUUCCAGCCAACACGCAGCAAGCCUUCGGCACGCUUCGCGCGGCGGAUGAAAUCAUUGACGAAGGUCACUUCAUGGGCAAGGCUUUGGGCGAGGCCAUGAACGGCUACCGCCCCAUCGUCGAGCUCAUGAAUGCCAACUUUGGUAUUUACGGCAUGGCUGAGCUCUCGUCCGCCGGGAACACGUACGCGACGACUGGAGGGCAAUUUCAAAUGCCCAUGACCGUCAUCGGUGCCGGUGGUACCGCCCCGAACCAAUCUCUCGGCGCCGAACACUCGCAACCGUUCCACGCGUACAUCAUGGGCAUUCCCGGCUUGAAGAUUUGCUCGGCGUCCAAGCCUCAAGAGGCGUACGGCUUGGCCAAGUCUAUGAUUCGCGACAACGGCCCGGGCGUGCUGUUGCUUCCGGUGAAGAUGAUGAAAUCUCGCGGACCGGUGACGCCAGAUUCUUUCCUCCCGCUCCACAAGUCCACCGUUCACCACUUGGCGAGCGACGAAUCCGUCAAGAACGACAAAGCCGUCACCAUCGUCACCUACCUCCACGGCGUCAAGGAAACCGAGGAAGCCAUCGCGGAGCUCAACACCAAGGGCAUCGACGCCGACUUCAUCGAGCUCACGUGCAUGAAGCCCGUGGAUUGGAAAACCAUCCAAACCAGUCUUCAGCGCACGCACAAGCUCGUCAUCCUCGACGAAUCCACGCGCACCGGCGGCGUCGGCGCCACCGUGAGCGCCUUCGUCGGCGAAAACCUCUUCGACGAGCUCGACGCCCCCGUGAUGCGUCUGUGCAUGGAGGACGCCCCCGUGCCGUACGCCAGCGAGAUGGAGAAGACCGUCGUCAAGCGCGCCGCCGACGUCGUCACCGCCGUGACGUACAUGAUCGACCGCCAGGCGUAGACGCGACCAGUAGACACCCACU